AUGAAAAUUCAACUUCGCCCAGAAUCCGAUGGUUAUAAAAAUUGGAUAGAAUCACCCGUGACAACAACACGUGCCUAUCGAUUAUUUAAUGUAACAAAUUACAAGACGAUUAUGACAAAUCCGAGUAGUCCUAUGGAAAUACAAGAAACUGAUCCAUUUAUGUACAAACUGUCGAUUAAAAAGAAUGAUAUUGAUUGGUCAGAUGAUAACAGCGAAGUGAGCUACAGUGUUGAACGUUUGUUUGAACGCAUCGAUACUUUUAAUGAGGCAUUAUUAAACGAAAAAGGAGCAUUUGUUGAUAUUCCUCGAUUGCUAUUUCGAACAAAAUUUGAUCCAAAAGCUCAUGAAAAUAUGUUUAUUGGUGCGGGAUAUAAUGUGUUUGAUAACCAUACACGUGCUGUUGAUCUAAUCGAAGGAUUUGCUUCAAGAAUAUUUGCUUUUAUACAAGCACAAAUGGUCGGUCCAAAUACAGACAAGUAUGGUUACAUAUAUCGUGUAAGUAUGUAUAAUGGAAGUCGUGGAUAUAAUUUCACAAUACGAACUGGUAGUGACAAUUUAAUGGAAAAAGGACGUGUUGUUGAUUAUAAGUCAGAAUACUCGCCGUUUCGAACAAAUUAUAGCAAAUACAAUUUCAGUUUUUAUGAUGGCUUGACGUUUCCACCAUUGAAUAAUCCAACGAAAAUGCCAGCAAUCAAUAUUUUUCAAGCAGAUUUUUGCCGACCUAUUCAGUUACGGUAUAAUCAAACGCUGCCUAUGUUUGGUUUGAAUGCUGUGCAUGAAUACGUUUUGCGUUUGGUUGAUCAUGAAACCUGUUCAGAUAUGAAUGUCACAUGUGAAGAAUCACAAUAUUUGGAUAUAUCAAAAUGUUUUUCAGAAACGUUAAAGGAUGCUUUUUAUUUAUCCAAACCGCAUAUGUACACUACUAACACGUCAUUGCCAACAAACUGGAAUGUUAAUUUUAUACCGGAUAAAGAUAGACAUGAAUCAACAGUUUACUUUGAACCAAUCACAGGCACACCAAUAAAAGCUCAACUUCGUGUUCAACUGAAUGCUCGGACGUAUGUCGAUAAAAUAGAAGUGGAUAUACAUGAAAACACGAAAGUAAUAGAUGCAGAAGGAGUAAAACGUAUUAUUCCAAUGUUUUGGAUUGAUCAGACAAUUACACUAAAUGAUGCAACACUAUCAAAAUUUAUUCAUAUUAAUCAGUUAAUGCAUACUGGUCGACGUUUCUAUGAAACAUUCAAAGUCGGUUAUAUCAUUGUGUCAUUUUUACUUUGUCUUGCCCUCAUAGCAUUUUUGGAAAUGAUGCAUUAUUUUCGUCAGAAUCAAUCGUCAAUGGAGGAAACGAUAACACUCAGUCAAAAAACAAUGAAAUCAUCUCCGGAACAACAACGUCUGGUUCGUACGAUGCCAACCGAAGUAAUUCAUAAUAUAGUUGUUGCUUGA